UGACGCGGCUGAAAGAAGAUCUUUAGCCGGCUGUUUCAGAUCCUCACCCUUUUCAUCAUCGGCCUCGUUGGCGCUAGAGGUCAGAUUUCAUCGACACAGGUUUCCUCGACAAAUGGAACGGUGGCAAGUGGCGGCGGAAGUACCGGUGGCUCGCCCGGGACAGGAGCGGGCGGCCAGAUGCCACAAAUGAUGUUCCCGUCGGCACCCAGCGCAAUUCGCCACGUGGGUGUGUCCUAUAACAUUCUAAAAGGUAACCCGGACGGCGAGUACUGGUCCACGGGCGGCGAGGACCCGGGCGUCGAUAUCACGCGGAAAAUCUUCACUAUCAGCGCCGGGUACCAGCCGCCGGAGAUAAUUGUUGAUCACCAUGACAAUUGCCUCAUGUCGCACGGCUUCACGCUUUUCUAUAACCCGCAGUCAUACCAGGACAAGCUGUUUACCACUGUUCAGACCAGCGGCUCCGCGGACGCUGCUUUGAAGCCAUUCGCUUUCUCUCUCAGUUCCGCUUAUCAGGCGGUUGUGCAGCAGACGUCAAAGCACCACUACAUCUUCCAGGAUGCCACCACGUUCUGCACGAUAGGUCACGUGAGGUACUCUAUGCACUUGGCAGAAACAGACCACUACCCUGUAACACGGGAGUUUGCGAGCGAAGUGUGCCACCUUCCGGCAACCUACGACAAGGCCACAUAUAUGACCUUCGUGGAGACAUGGGGAACGCACGUGGUGACCGAAAUCGACAUCGGCAAAAUCUUCACCAACAGGUUUGUGGCCAGGCUCAGAGAUAUCUUCAACUUCGUCAUGUUUAACGUUACAGACGACAUCAGCAUGGCUGGUCCGCAAGAUGGCUACCAAAGUUCUUACGUCAUCGAUCUGGACGCAUUCAAAUACCGACACGAAUACAAGUUCAUUGUCGGCGUCAUGGAAGACCAACUAGCGAUCGGAGACUUUUAUCACAACGAUGUAAUCGGUAAAACUGUUCAGACGAUUGACGUCGCCUUAGACAUCAAGUACUGGGCGUUCAUCCAGUAUUUCAUCAGCCAGGGUAUGUGUCCCGCCGACGCCGCCAGCAAGCUUCCCACGUGGCAGGCAAACAUCGUGCGUGCCCUCAAGGAGUACCCGACCUUUAAACAGGCCACUCAGCCCCCGAAACUGCCGCUGUCCAUGCCCGCAACCUGGCCCCUGGGUACAUACAGCGUGCCCAAGCCCGCGUCUGGCUGCCCCACGGGCUUCGUAGAGGGUACCGUCACUGUAUCACAGCCCCAGCAUUCCGGCAGCGGACCCACGGGACUGCAUCUAGACGGGACGCUGGCUAAGGACUCGUACGGCCUGAAGUACUGCACGAAGGAGGACCCGAGUCCGAGUGAGUACGACAUCUACUGGCCCAGGGGCGACUACUGCAUCCAGCAGUACGACAGCAUGUGUCCGUACGCCUUCAGGACGGGCAAGAUCAAGAUGCGCGCGUCGUCGGCGUCAACCACUUCCGGCAUAGUCCCGACCGGAACUUACGGUUCCACAAGCACAGAGCUGAUUUUUUGCUGCAGGAACGACACUGUCUACUCGCACGAGAUGUUCAUGCCGACCGACAAACCCUUCUACCUGUUCCGGAACCAACAUGGUUGCCAACAGGUUCACGGCAUGGCCGUCACAGAUGAGACGCUGACCUUCUACAAUGACGUCAGCGCCACAGGGAGCAUCGGCCAGACGUUCCUGGCCGGAAGUUACCCGUACGUGGAGACGGUUGGGCAGCAGUCUAAUUAUGGCGCCCUGCAGUACAAGCUUCACUUCUGCUACUACACGCAAUUAAUUACAAAAUAAAUUACUUUUUGUUUAAA